AUGAGUGUGAGAGUGGUCUCCAGGAUAAGACCGCUGCUGGAAAAGGAGCGCGAAUGUGACAUUAUUGUUCGAGCCGAUACCGCGGAUGCUGGCAAGCCAAACACGGUCGUCAAGAUUCCCAACCCCAAGAACGAGGCUGAGGAGUUCUCAUUCGCGUUCAAUGGCGUGUACGACCGAUCUACCACUCAAGAGGAAUUGUUUACUGCUGAAGUGGCGCCGCACGUCAAGUCUCUCUUCCAGGGAUUCGAUGUCACAAUAUUCGCCUACGGUGUCACCGGUACCGGUAAAACACACACGAUGCGAGGCGGUAUGAAGCUGGCAGAUCGCGGGGUGAUUCCUCGGAUGCUCAGCAACGUCUUUCGAAGAGGCAAGAAGAUCAUGAAGGAUUCUCGUGGUGAGACGGAUGUCCAGGUUUUGCUGUCCUACUAUGAGAUCUAUAACGACAAGGUCUUUGAUCUCCUCGAGCCACCCGAGAAGCGAACGCCAACCGGCCUACCACUACGAGCUGAGGCCAAUGGCAAGACCAUCGUUGUCGGUCUGUCAGAAAGAGCCUGCGAAGACCUCAAGGACUUUGAGAAGCUGUAUAUCGAAGCCAACAACAACCGCGUCACGGCAGCUACCAAGCUCAACGCUCACAGUAGCCGCAGCCAUGCUAUUCUACGAGUCAAGCUAAUCCAAACGACUUCAGAGAUGGUCAGGGAGAGCACAGCAUCCGCCAUUGACUUGGCCGGAUCUGAGGACAACCGCCGAACCGACAACGGAAAGGAGAGGCUGGUGGAAUCUGCGGCCAUCAACAAGAGUCUCUUUGUCCUGAGCCAGUGCAUCGAUGCUAUCGGCCGCGGUGACAAGAGGAUACCCUACCGGGAGUCCAAGAUGACACGGAUUCUGUCACUGGGUCAGAACAAUGGAAUCACUGUCAUGAUCUUGAAUCUGUCCCCUCUGCGAAGUUAUCACCUCGACACCCUCAGCAGUCUCAACGUCAGCUCUCGAGCCAAGAGGAUUGAGGUUAGGGAGAUUGAGAACGAGAUUGUGUACAAGCAAGUUCCUAGGGCAAACUCGGGUCUCACAGGUUCCAAUGUCCAGCGUCAGCCUCUUCGGCCACUUGCCAAUCUCACCAACGUGCACAAUGGUAAUGUUGCUGCCAAGGCCGCUGACAAGGCUGCUGAUGCCAAUAAGCCCGUCAAAGCCUUCAGCGUCUACACUGACAAGUCCAAGCCACCAGCAGCACCUGUCAGCCGUCCCCUAGUGAGCUCCAAUAUCGCUCGUCGAGUCAAUCCAGUCAAGCGGCCGUCUGAGAAUGAUGCCGCUAUGAGACCCAGUAAGAUCUCGAGACCUACAGCUCCAGCAUCUGUUACGGUUUCCGCUGCCCAGAUUGAGGCCAUGGUUGAGAAGAAGGUCAGCGAGAUCCUUGCUGCUCGCGUUGCAGCUGAAAAGGAAUCUCAGCCACCACCAACGGUCCAACCUGAAAUCAGUGAUGCUGUGCAAAGGCGAUUGGAAGCUCUCGAGCGGCGGAUUGACAGCGAUGAAUGGCGAGAUGAUUCCAAGUCGGAUGGUUUGAGGUUCCUCCUGGCUGCUCGCCAACACAAGGAGCGUGGCGAGGAUGAGAUCGCGCUCAAGAUGUACGAGAAGGCUCUACCCUACUUUCCUGGACAAACAAAGCUGCUCAACAAAAUCGAGAGACUGCGAUCACGGUUGAACGGAAACGCUCCCGCUCCUUCUCCCCGCCGGGAAACUCCUCGUUCAGAGCGCAAGAAGCGAAGGCUCGUCUACGAUGAUGCUGACGGCGAUUACGAGACUGCCGAAGCAGACGUUGAUGAGGCAGAGUUUGCUCGCCGUGCCCCAAAAGCCAAGUCUCGAAAGCUCAAGGUCAAGGCUCUUGCCACCAAGUCCAUUCUUUCGGGUGACGAUGAGGGUCCCGCAUCGCCUCGAACUCAGCAUCUCCUCGAUAUUGUCAACUCACGCGACCUCGAUCAGAUUCGAAGCCUAGUCGGCUUCGGUGCGAAGAAAGCCCGUGACCUAGUUGACUAUCUUGAGCUCGUCAACGAUGACGAGGCUGGUGGCCGUAUCGACAGUCUUGCUCAGCUGAGGACUGUCCCUGGCAUGGGAAGCCGAACCGUGGAGAGAGCGUAUGACGGACUUGUUGUUUGA